AUGUCACUUACACUAUUCGAUGAUAUCUUUGUCAUUACCGAAAUUGACAAUGCCAACUACGACAAGGUCUCCCGUGUGACCGCCCGUUCCAAAUCGUCUCAAGAAAUCCAAUUAACCAUUGACAUCAACCACGAUCUUUUCCCAAUCGAAAUGAAUGAAACUUUAACUGUCGCUCUCACUGCCUCCCUCACAGAAUCAUCCGAAACCGGGGAAUCUGUCAGCUGGCGUCCACCUCGUGCUGGAGAACACUCUCUUGCCGACGACUACGAUUACGUGAUGUACGGUACAGUUUAUAAAUUCAAUGAAGGUAAAGAUGAUAAGAUCUCUGUAUUUGUUUCAUUUGGCGGGUUAUUGAUGUGUUUGGAAGGUCCUUACAGAAGUUUGUCAUCUUUGAAACAAGAGCAUGUUUACAUUUUGAUCCGUCGUUAA